AAAACAUAAUUACAUAAUGCUCAAUUUGUUGAAUUGUGUUGGACAACUGGUAGGUAGAGUGAGAAGACAACCUUCCAUUGGUAAAGUUAGCAACGGUGAAAUCAGAUAGACAACGCUAGUUAGCUACGCUACCAGUAUAAUCGACUAGCUAACCUUGUUACUAACAAGUUACACGUUUCUUAUAAACGAUUUUCUACGCCGAAAAACCUCUACAUUGUAGCCAACGUAUGAGACGUCAUUAUCUUCUAUAACUGGUGUUGGAAGGGUGGCUCCCUUCACGUCUUUUUACUCGAUAUCUUAGCGCAAACAUGUUGAAUUGCUUUGUUUACCUUUUGAAUUAGACGGCAUUUACCCCUAAUGAUCCCAGAGUGCAACGCGUUAUUUACAUUAUGUCGUAAACGGGAAAUAAGGCCAUUACCCCGGAGCAGAACAAUUCACAGUACCAUGGAUCAGGUGAUAUGUCAGCUGAUGAUCAGAAGAAACAGGAAGACAGAUUAGUGGGUGUCCUAGCGUUGUUAUUUCUCAAUAAGUAUUAUAUUUAUCAACCCAAAACAAAUCAUAAUAUUUGAGAAGUAUUAUUGCUACACGAAAGAAAAUACAUUCAAAAUGUUUGCCGCUGACGACGAGGAUGGAGAUUUUCUGUCGCCUACUGGAGGGGCAAAGCUGGCAUCACUUUUUGGAAUGGACCAAGCACCUAGUCAGGGGAAUGAAUCCUUCCAAUAUACAGCCCCUAAACAGCCUAGGAAGACCCUGAAUCCAGGACCUCCUGCCCAGAAACCCACUGGCCCUCCUGGUGCUCCUGCAGUAUUAUUGGCUACAGCUAUCCAUGCUUUCAAAUAUCUUAAUGGACAGUAUCAGAAACAAGGAAAGCUUGGAGCUGCAGUCCUGGGAAACCACACAACCAAAGAGUACAAACUCUUGCUGUACGCCAGUCAACAGAAACAAGUGACUGCGGCCACGAUUCAUGUUGGGUUCGCCUUUACGGUUCAGCCCAGCAACUACUGCACUUUUUAUGACGACCAGCGUCAGAACUGGUCCCUGAUGUUUGACACAGACAAAGCUGCCGUGGACUUUUGUAAACAGGUGUGUUUGGCAAAAGUGAACAGCGCCCCCGCCUUAGAUAUGGUGGUGGUGCAGGACCUGACACUAGGGGAGGGGCAGGGGGUUGAGAAUGGAGACUCCCUGGAGGUGGCAUACACAGGAUGGCUCCUGCAGAACCAUGCCAUCGGACAGGUGUUUGACUCCAACCUGAACAAAGACAAGCUACUACGACUGAAACUUGGCGCUGGAAAAGUGAUGAAGGGCUGGGAGGAGGGCAUGCUGGGUAUGAGGAAGUCAGGCCGGCGUCUCAUGGUGAUACCCCCCAGUCUGGGAGACGGCUCCCAAGGAGUGGCCAACUGCGUCCCAGCAGACUGCACACUUAUCUUUGAGGCAGAGCUACGACGGUUGAAGUUGGCGAAGGACAGUGUGUCUGACCGUGCCAGUGCUGGGUCUCGGGACUCUGCUGCCUCCUCACCUGCCCCCAGUAUGGAGAACCUGGGCCCGGACCUACCAGCAGGGCCCGCUCAGCCCCCUUCUACAAGCCCCGGGAGACCAGGGGAACCACUACUUCGGGCAAAGUCGAAUUCAAUCAGUGAACAGUUGACAAAUCCAGAUGCCACCAAAGCCAAGCUGAUCUCUCGCAUGGCCAAGAUGGGCCAGCCUAUGUUGCCCUUCAUGGCAGGGCCCUCCUCCCAGCCAGACUCCAGUGACUCUGAGAUGGAGGACCCCAGUGUGUCCAGAGUGAAGGAGCGUCCUGCUGCUCCCUCUCCUGUGCAGAUCUCCCCUGCCCCCCAAGCUCCAGUGCAAGUGCUUUCCUACCCUCAUGGGGCACCGCCCUCUGCCUUGAUGCCUGUCGCUAUGACAACUGCUGCUCCGCAGCCUGUGAUGCCAGGCUCCGCCCAUGCCUUUCAGCCUUAUGCCUACCCACAGUCCUCUAUGGCUCCCUCUCAACUUCAACAAAUGGGCCAGAUUUACCCCACCCAGACAGUGCCAUACAUGGGAGGCACUGGAGAGGUCACUUCCUUCCUCAUGACUGAAGCUCGGCAGCACAACACUGAGAUCCGAUUGGCUGUCGGCAAAGUGGCCGAUAAAGUGGACCAGUUGGCGUCAAAGGUUGACGACCUUCAGAGGCAAGGAGGCCACUCAUUGGCUAUGCCCAGUGUCAAUAUGGAAACAUCCAUGAUUAUGCACAACAUCCAAAGAAUCAUUCAGGAAAAUGAAUCUUUAAAGAAGGAUGUCUAUGAGAAGAGCUCACGUGUAGAGGAGCAGAACCACAAGAUUGGGGAGCUCAUCAACCAGAACCAGAGAUACAUGGAGCAGAGUAACCUGCUGAUGGAGCAGAGGAAUGAUUCCCUGAAGUCCUCCAGUGAACACAACCAGGUCCGGGUGCUGCAGGCUGAGCAGGAUAAGGUGCGUCUGACAGAGGAGCUGGCCACGUGUACAGCGCGGGUGUCCCAGCUGCAGCAGGAGGCCACGUCUCACCAGCAGAGGGCUGCAGAGUUGCAGAGCAAACUGACCUCUGCCCUGCAGGACAGUGACACACACUGCACACGCAUCUCCUCCUUAGAGACCCAACUGGAAGAGCUAAAGGAGACGUCAGAGCGAGGCCAGGCCCAGUACCGUACAGAGAAGCAGAAACGCAAAGGGAUGGAGCUCAGAGUAAACAACAUGGAGGAGGAGUUGCAGGACCUGAAGACUGACAAAGAAAGUCUGGAACGAACGCUGUCAGACAGGAAGAGGAAGUGGCAGGCGGAGAGACAGCGGUGUGAUGAGGAGAUGGAGGAGCUGAGGAGGAGCAGCCAGCAGGACAUGGACAGUCUAAAGACACAGCUCCGCAAGGCCAGGACCAGCACUGGCCAGGCAGCCUCAGAACAGCUAGCCCAGCUGCAAGCGGAGCUGGAGGAGGAGUGGAAGGGGAAGUGUGAGCAGGCGCUGGCCUCAGCCAAGGAGCAGCAGGGGCGUCAGAUGGCCGAACUGGCAGAGCAAAGGGACACACUGGAGCAGAGACUGACCCAGCUACAGGAAAAGUUCUCAGCUCUGAAGCAGUCCAGGGACUCAGAGGAGCAGUGCAUGCUACAGCAGCAGGUACAGGACGAGAAGCUGCAGGUCCUACAAGAAAAGUAUUCAGGCCUGGAGGAGCAGUCAUCAGCUAUGAAACAGAAGCUUGAGGGGCGAGUGGCUGAGCUGGAAAGGAGGCUGGCAGAGCAAAGGGGCCAAGAGGACACUGCAGGGGAGGUGAAGCGUGUGAUGAACGGAGUGUUCCACUCUCUGAGAGGGGAGUUUGACCUACAUGAGACCUACACAGGCAGCGCUGUGCUCAGUAUAAUCGUCAACACCAUAAAGAGUGUUACGUUGCAACUGCUCAACGUUACUGAGAGACCUUCGUCCCAUCGGAGUGAAAAGGAAGAGGUGGUGGAGAUCAGUGAUGUGAAGCGUAGAGAGGAGAGACCACCACAGGAUGUCCAUGUGAAUGGGGAGGAAGAGGAGGAGCAGAGGACAGAGUCAGAGCAGCCUAGUGAGGCCGUUGGGCAGAGGGAGGGAGACCCCAGAGAUGUGCAGGAGAGGGCUCGUCUGGAGGCAGUACCAAAGACCGAGAAGCCGACUAAGGUGGAGCUAGCGUCAGACAUCCACACAAAACCAGAGCACCAAUCACACUCAACCCAGCCACGACCAACAUCUCCCGAGCCACUGGGAGAGAACACCACCGAGGCUUCGGAACCCACUGACAUAAACCCUGAGGAGAAUCGGCCCUCUGAGAUGGGACAGGAAAGUCAGUCAGAAGGUGACGUAAUUACCCCAGAGGUGAAAAAAGUGAGUGUCACUAUUGAGGGUUCCAUGGGUGAACUGGAAAUAACUAGCCCCAAAGCCACAGGUCCUCCAACCCAGCCCCCACCUCCACCAAGCCCUCUGCAUGACAGUCCUGGGAAAGUAAGUCUGACUGAGGGAGUAGGAGAGGAAAAUGGAAAGGAGACAUUUUUCCAGAGCACAGCCCCAACCAAACCCCCACCACCACCCACUGAGGAGGAGGAGGAUGAGCUGAGCUUGAAGGGGCGACCUCCCCCAGCCCCUCUGUUUGGCGAUGAAGAGGAUGAAGAUCUUGACUGGCUGGGCUGAGCUGAGCAACAACUGAAGUGAUAAGUCUUAUGAGUCUUGAAGGCCAUCCUCUAGAGAGAUGAUUUCCACUGUCCUAGAAGAGACUAUACCUGGAUGAACAUGUAGUGAACUCAGUCUGUCUGAGAUAAGGCAACUCUGAACAAUGUGAGUGAGAAGGACGUCCUGUCAGACUGCCCUGAACACUGCGGUUAAAGAUCUGUGUGCCAUGUUGAGAUCUGUAGGGCUGACCUGAUUGCUGUUGCCUGAAAGCCACCUUUGAUCAAUUAAGUCUGAUGAAAUCCACCAGAAAUACACCCCCCCCCAUGCAAUCAAAGUCAAUCCAUCUGUUAGCCCUGUAAUUUGUUGCUUACAUUGGGUCUUUGAGACUAAAAUGAUGGUCUAGGGUAUUUUAACUACUGUAGCUUGGAUGUUCAUUUAUCUGAUUUGAUUUAAGAUGUCUGUUUGCUUGUUGUCAGGGUUACAAGGCUGUUGUGUAUUAAUAAUGAGGGCUUGAUGCUUCAAGAACAUCUAACUUUUAAAAAUGUUUGCUGAGAUUCAUUCCAGAAAAUAAAAAACAU